CAGGAAUCAGGUGUACCUGUGAGCCCGAGCCAUGUCCUGCUGCCAGCCAUGCAACCCUUGCUGCCAGCCCUGUGGCCCCACUCCACUGGCCAACAGCUGCAAUGAGUGCUGUGUCAGGCAGUGCCAGGACUCCCACGUUGUCAUUGAGCCCUCACCCGUGGUGGUGACCCUGCCCGGCCCCAUCCUCAGCUCCUUCCCACAGAACACUGUGGUGGGAUCCUCCACCUCUGCUGCUGUUGGCAACAUCCUCAGCUGUGAUGGAGUGCCCAUCAACUCUGGAGGCUUUGACCUCUCCUGUAUCACCAGCCGCUACGGUGGCAGCAGAUGUCGUCCCUGCUAAAUCUGCUGGCAACAUCCUCGGGCAAGAACCUCUAUGACCUCAGCAUCUGGUCCUAGUCAGGAGAUAGAGCUUUGGGACAUUGUAAUUAGAAUUUCAAACCAUUGUCCCGUUCUUCUCCUCUCUCUUUUUGCUCUUUCCUUUGCUGUCCAUGUCUCCUCAUGCCAGUCUGGUGGAGACCUG